AUGUCAGGAAAGUGUCAUCCAUCUUUUCAUCUGUAUGAUCCAAAGAAAAAUAAAGUGUUAUGUUUUGUGGAAAAUAAUAGGAAAAUUGUUCCCCAGCGGUACCAAAUGAUAGAAUUCCGCAUAUGAAAAUUUGAGCUUUUCUAUGUUAUUAAUCAUACUCAUGCUAUUAGCGUUUGUAAACGAUGGGCAUAAACUCUGUAACCUUAGGUGAACUCCACGCGUGAAAGGCAAGAACCUAAGUUCGUUUUUAUCCUGGCUUGUAGCAAACCAAUAUACUUUUCUUUGUAAGCUAAUUUAAAAGCUAUAAAAAUGUCGGACGAUGAAAUGGAAAAAUUCGAAAUCACAGACUAUGAUCUGGAAAACGAAUUCAAUAUCAACAGACCUAGGAAAAAGCUGUCCAAACAUCAUCAGAUAUAUGGUAUAUGGGCAGAUGACAGUGAUAAUGAAGAAAAAGAUGAAGGGAAAUUUAAGAACAAGAAACCAAAAAACUACACAGCACCAAUUGGAUUUGUUGCUGGUGGCAUACAACAAGCAGGAAAAGACAAGGAACCUAAAGUUGAAAAAAAGGAUUCAGAUGAGGAAGAUGAUCACAAACCUUUCACAGGAAGAGACAGCUCUGAUUCUGAAGAUGAUCCACCUGCAAGAGCGGGGUUUGGAUCUGGAAGGGCAACUAAGUCAAAUGUUACUGAGAUUACUGGUGAAAUUGCUGGUUUGCGAAGAAAGGGAGUUGCGGUGGAUCAGUCACUAAUGAAGCGAGGAGUAGGCAAUUGGGAAAAACAUACAAAAGGAAUUGGUGCCAAACUGUUGUUACAAAUGGGUUUCCAACCUGGCAAAGGCUUGGGGAAAGAUCUACAGGGCAUUGCUGCUCCUGUAGAGGCACAAUUGAGAAAAGGCAGGGGCGCAAUUGGAGCUUAUGGCCCAGAAAAAUCAGCUAAAAUAGCUUCUAUCAAAGAAGAUAAUUUCAAAGUUGAUAUUGAAGAUUCAAAUAAACAAAAAGGUGAAUCAAAAUGGAAGAAGAAUGACUUGAGCAAGAAAACUAGAUAUUACUAUAGAAGUGUUGAUGAUGUUAUUGAAAAAGGUAAACGUCCAGGAGCUUAUAGAAAUUUGGGAAUUGCAAGUGAACUAGCCAAAGUUAAGGUGAUUGAUAUGACUGGACCACAACAAAGGGUACUUAGUGGGUAUCAUGCUCUCAGUGGACUAAAACCACCAGAUGGCUCAGAACACUAUGAAGAUGUUGUCCGUAAAACAUGUUCAAACUUCACUUUACCUGAAAUUCAACAUAAUUUGGAUUUAUUGGUGGAUAUGUGUGAACAGGACAUUAUCAGAAUAGACAGAGAUACGCGUCAGAAUGAAGACAAAAUUAUUGCUUUAAAACAUGAGGAGAGGGCAUUAAAGGAAACAAUAAAGCAAGAGGAAGUUGUAAUUGGAAAUUUCAAACAUGUCACAGAGAUAGUUGAUAGACUCAUGGACCCUGCACAAGGAUAUUCCUUAGGUCAAAUAGCUGAAACUUUUGCAGAGCUACAGGAAACCUAUAGAGAGGAAUACAACCGGUUCCAACUGGGCGAACUAGCUCCAGGACUAAUCGGCACCCUAUUGACGUCCGCGCUGGUUAGCUGGAACCCAUUGACCCAUCCUGGCCAGUACACCGAGGUUUUCGCGCAAUGGAAGGAACUAUUGACCGAUGACAGUGCUGCCAGUGCCGGGCACCAACUACAAGGUAAUAAUUCAGGAAUACAGCCGUACGAUAGUCUCAUAUGGCAUACUUGGAUGCCUGUUAUGAGAAAUUGUGUUAGUGCGUGGAACUGCCGAGAUUGUGAUCCUCUCAUAACAUUGAUCGACACCUGGAAACCCCUUCUACCGCACUGGAUACUCGAAUACAUGUUCGACCAGCUGAUCAUGCCUAAGAUUUUGAAAGAAGUCGAAGAAUGGAAUCCUCUCACUGAUACCAUUCCUAUUCAUAUAUGGAUACAUCCAUGGAUUCCUCUUUUAGAUGCGAAAUUACAAGCUAGCAUUUAUCCUCUCAUCCAGGAGAAACUUGGCAAUGCUCUUGCCAAUUGGCAUCCAUCUGACAGGUCGGCAAAAUUAAUGUUACAACCUUGGCAAAGGGCACUGUCGCAAGGAUCAUUUGUGGCUUUUCUACUUAAACAUGUUGUUCCGAAAUUGCAGCUAUGUAUGCAAUCUUUUGUCAUCAACCCACAUCAGCAGCAUUUAGAUCAAUGGAACUGGGUAAUGGAUUGGCAGGACAUGCUUUCUGUCGGAAAUAUGACACUCAUUUUGGACAAAUUCUUCUUUCCUAGAUGGCUUCAAACAUUGGCCAUGUGGUUAAAUCAGAAUCCCAAUUAUUCACAAGUUAUGGAAUGGUACUCUGGAUGGAAACGUAUGCUAUCAGAAGAAUUAUUGAAUCAACCCAACAUCAAAGAAAACUUUCACAAAGCUUUAGAAAUGAUGAAUCGCGCGGUUGGCUUAGGACAGCAACCAGGUGCAAAAGAAUCGAUCUCAUAUCUGAAGACCAUGGAAGAGAAUGGGUCCUUGCCUCCCCCACCGCCUCCGCCAAGAGUUGAGACGAUUGCCGAAGCGGUGAAGACCGCUUCCCAAAUACCUCAGGGCUUCAAGGAUCUGGUGAUGAAACGGUGUGAAGAACGAGGAAUAUUGUUUAUCCCAAUUGUCAACAAAUACCACGAAGCCAAACAGGUGUACAGAUUAGGCAAUGGAGGCUUGCAAUGCUACAUUGAUAGAAACGUCAUCUUCUACUGUCAAGGUGGAUCUACGUGGCUGCCAACUUCCUUGAAUAAGUUGCUCGAUAUGGUUUAAAUGUGAAGUGUAAGUUGAAUUGGGUGUCUCAAUGAAAAUUAGGAAUACAAUUUAACCAGUUCAAAUAUGCAAUUUUAUCAUCUGAAUGUGAAGCCCAGGUAUUAAGCUUCAAAAUUCAUCUUAAAGUUGAAAAUGAUAUUUGGGCAUGUCAAAUAUUAUAAUAAAAUCUUGAAUGUUUGAUUUCAUUAAUGUAAAGAAUAAAAGUGAUGUUUUCCAUUUUUUGACGCGACAUCAUUACUACAUGACUGUAAAUAGCUGUAAAUUAUUAAUAAACGUUUUGUAUUUUA